CACAAAAUGGCGGCGUCCAGCAACUCCGUAUCCGCAUCCAUGGUAGCCGUACGCCGCAAUAUGUGAUGUGAAGGUGUCGUGCACACCACCGUGGUCUUGCUCACUAUGAAGGGUGUGAAAAGGGCCCUACAACUGCUAUCGAAGAACAGCAAAACUGGUGCAGUGAAGGUGAGCAAGGCCAAGGACUCCGUUCGGCCCCAAGACGUGCAACGACUGUCGGCCGUGGCGACGGUCGUGUCCCCCCCGCACCCCGUGUCCAACCUGCGGCACGUCGUUCUGCCCGCCCGACCGAAUGAGUCGGCCGCCGAGCUGCUGUUCAGGAAGCAGUACGGCGCCAUGCAGGCGUGGAACCAAGACUACUGGUCCAAGCACAACGCCGAGUUCCAGCGGAAGAAGGAAGAAUUCACUCAACGCAAGCUGGCCGAGUACAAGACAAGAGGCACGCCUAGAGACAGCGUCCCCAUAGAGGACAUGGCUUCCUUCUACAAGUCUUUCCUGAAUGACAACCACCAGAAGCACAUGCAGUACAACUGGGCCUGGUACAGAAAAAACAUUGGCCUCUUGAUGCCGGCACUUCUUGCAAGCUGGGCAUACUUCUACAGAGAAGUGCUCCCGAGUGUGGUGGGAAGGACAAAGUGAACCAAUGUCCCAGAACGUUGUUGUAGUUUUAUGCCGUGAUGGCUUCUUUCCUAUGGAAAAAAUAUGUACAAUAAUAAAGUUAAGCAGCUAGGAAAUGAAA